AUGGGGAAACAAAGAGCAAGAAGAAAAGCUUCAAAAAGACGCUUGAACCCACUUCAAAGAAAAGGAGUUCAAGCUGGUUUAAAUGAAGCCAACACCAACUUGCUUACUACUGAACAACUAACACCUGUCAUUCAAAGACUUUCUUCAGAUAAUGGAGGAGAACGUGCUUGGGCAGCAGCUUGUAUUUCUAAUCUCAUCUUGUCUAAUGCCUCAACCCGUAAACUUUUAUUAACAAAGGGUAUCGUCCCUAUCUUGAUUGAGCGAUUAAGUGAUCCACAACAAGAAGUUCGAGAUGAAUCAUUAGGAGCUUUAAGAAAUCUUGCCUCAGUAGAUGAUACAAUUGCUAAAGAAUAUUAUUCACGCAAUAUAUUAACACCUUUGUCAGCUUUAUUACCACAAAUUACACAAACGAUUGACUCAGUAUUAAGAAAGGCACCUAUUCAAGAUGAAUUAGAUCAAGAAAGACGAAAGUCCAUUUGGGAUGUAACAGAAAAUUUUAUUUAUAUUAUUUGGUGUAUUUGUGAAGCAUCUGAUAAAUAUGUGAAGGCUAUUAAUCGAAUGAAUCUUAUACCCUUUUUAACAUCAUUUUUAAUAUCUGGUGAUUCAUGUCCAACAAGAGUAAUUUUAGCAGCCGGUCAAUGCUUAAACACGUUAACAGAUGAUAAUAAGGAUUUAUAUAUUGAAUUUCAGCAUCAUUCAGAAUACAUACAAUCUUUGUUAAAUAUUGUUCGUAAUGAAGAUUAUAAUAAUGUGUUUAUACAAGUGUUAACAUGUGCUGUCUUGGUCAAUAUUCGUGAUGUAGUACGAUUUACUUCUUCUUGGGAUGAUGAUACAGAUGUAGUAGCGGAAUUAAAUCAACUCAUUAUUCCAAUUCUCAUUAAAGCACUUGAUUAUGAUAUACAACAAGCAGCUAUAGAUAUGAUGACAGCUAUGAAAAAUAGUCAUAAUCAGCCACAAAAAGAAGAAAAUGAUAUUACGCCAAAACGGUUAACAAAUGAAGAAAUGUAUAUUCAAGAUGUAGAAAAUAGACUCUCCAUUAUUCAAUUAGCAUUAGAAUUAUUAGCAGAUAUUUGUGUACAAGAUGAUGACUCAGAAGAAGAUGGUUAUCAAGAUGAAUCCAUGAUGACAGAAGAACAAGAAGAAGAACAUGAUGAAGUAGAUGAAACAAUUUUUACAGAUAAAUCCAAGAUGAAUGAUACCUUAAUUCGAUCAAAUAAGAUUGUUCAAGCUUAUAUAAAUCAUGUAUUUCCCCACUUAAUUCGACUGAGUACAUUAACCUCAAUGGGCUAUCAAAAUCAGUCAUUUACAAUAACACAACAAAGGGCAUUUGAAUGUCUGAAUAACUUUUUAUUAGCUAUGAAUGAAGUUCCAAGUAAAUUUUGGUUUAAAGAAGAACAUAAAUCAGAGGCUAUACAGUUGUGGCGUUGGUUAUUUAAUUGUGCAAAUCAAGUAGCUAUGAAUGAAACUGAGGAUAAAAAUAGAAUAUUAGAAAUUAUCAUUAGUUGUUUAUGGGCACUAGGAAGAGGAUUAAUGCAAGAUAUUCCAUUAGAACCAACAGAUGUGGGUUCAUUAUGCGGAACAUAUGAUAUAAUUCCAAUAGAAUCAAUGCGUGUAAAAAUAGUAGGAUGUUUAGGUCCAAUUGCAAUGAGACAAGGUGAUAUUGAAACAAAUAAGGUAAUAGACAUUAUUAUUCAAACAAUUGGUAUCUUUAUUAUCAAUUUACUUUCAAAUAAGGACUGUGAAACGUCUGUUAUGAUAGAAGCUUUAAAUUUAAUUUUUGAUGUUUACUCUGACCUUGCAUUUGAUUACGAUUUACCUGUUUUUGUACAUGGCGGAUUUUUAAGUAUUUUGAAACAGAUCGUUCCCUUUGUUCGUUCCAAGGUAAAAUCAAUUGAUAGAAGAAAGGACUUUGACUUGAGAAUAAGAGGAGAUGAAGCUUUAGACAAUUUAAAUGCUUUUAUAAAAUAUAAGCGAAUCGAGAAUAAUAAAAGGAAAUAA